AUGACUAGUAAUCAGAGUAGAUUAGAAAAGCUAAAGAAAUUACAAGCCGCUCGUAAUGGUGGUCAAGCGUCUGAUGAUGUAGAAUAUGAUGAUGUGUUAUAUGAUGAACUUGAUGAAAAUGAAUAUAGAUCAAGAAAACGUCAAGAACUAUUACAAGAUGAUUUUGUAGUAGAUGAUGACGGUUUGGGUUAUGUUGACAGAGGUGUUGGGGAUGACUGGGAUAAUAGAGACGAAUAUUACACUGAUGAGGAAGAUAUUGUUGGAAAUCAGAAAAAUUCAAAGAAAAAACCUUUAACUGAAAAAGAUACUAAGUCGAUCGAAAAUAUUAUUAGAGCUCAAAAUUCGAAGAUAAGUAUAUCUAACCAAUUGAACAAACCAAAAAAAAAUUUUGGUGUUGCAGACUUUGAUGAUAUAUUAGAUGAAUUUAAUGAUUCUAAUGAAGAAAAAAUGAGUUUCAGAACAGCACCAAAGGUAAACAUACCAACGCACAGUAAACUACCUUCCUCUCCUACAAUAUCCAAUAAAAGAAUAAUGACAAAAGAUGUCGAGGUGCAAGAGGAUGGUAAACAAAGUAAGAAAUUAAAAACUGAAGAAGCUUUUAUUCACAAUAGUAAAAUAUUACAAAUAUCUUCGUCUCCUUUAAAAUCAAAAAGUAACAUGAUUAAUACUAGCAAAGAAGAAAGCGAAACUCCAGUCCCAAGCUCUCCAACUGCCACCAAGUCAGAGAAGAUUAUCCAAAAGUUAUCUGAAGAUGACUCGGAUAGUGAUGAAGAGAUUGCAUUUGGUAGAAGGACCAUGAGGAGUGCAAAAAGCACAAGAAAGAUCAAUUUAAGUUCCAAAACUAAUUUAGGUUCUUCACCAUUCGUAACAGCUCCGGGAACACCACUUGUCAGCAAGGCACCUGAUACACCAUCUAAAACUGGAAUUGACACUCAGAGCAUACCUGAUACAGAAUCUCUAGUAUUCAAGAAAUAUGACAAGGAGCAAAUAAUUGAUCCUGAAACUAACGGAUUUAAGAUGUUUUGGUUAGAUUUUUCUGAAGUUGAUUCAAAAUUAAUUAUUUUUGGUCUAGUAAGGGCAUUGGAUGGUUCUUUACUAUCAGCAAUGGUUCAAAUUAAUGGUCUUGCGAGAGAAUUGUUUUUUUUGCCUAGAGAGGGAGUCGAGCCAGAAGAAGUUCAAGAAGAGAUCGUUCCAUUACUGUUAGAAAAAUAUGGGUUAGAUAAAAUUAGAUCAAAACCGCAAGAAAUGAAAUAUGCAUUUGAAAUUCCAGGAAUACCACAUGUUACUAAUUAUUUAAAAGUUUUAUUACCAUUUGAUACUCCAAAAAGUAAAAGAGAUAUUAUACCAUCAGAUUUAAAUAGUGAGAAGUUUUCUCAUGUAUUUGGUGGUGGUACUGGUAUAUUAGAAAGUUUUUUGGUUCAAAAUAAAAUAAUGGGGCCAUGUUGGUUAGACAUAAAAAAUGGAGACUUCGAAACUUUACAGAAUACUUCGCAUUGCAAACUUGAAAUAUCAGUAUCCAACCCAAGUGACAUUAAACCAAUAGAGGACUCUGGGGAAGUCUUUUUAAAAUGUAUGUCAUUAUCUGUGCAAACCGUAAUGAAUCGUUCUGAGAAUAAACAAGAAGUUGUAGCCAUUACAAUGGCUACUUACAAUCGUAUCUCACCUGAAAAUGCUAUUCCUGAAAAUAUAAAUCCUGAUCAAUUGAUAACUUUAGUCAGGCCUCCAAAAGGAACAAGUUUUCCAUUAGGAUUAGCACCAUUAGCUAAACAGAAGUUGAAUGGCCAGGUUCGUCUUUUCAAUAACGAAAAGACAUUAUUAGCUUGUUUCUGCGCAAUGUUGCGUGUUUCUGAUCCUGACGUCUUAAUUGGACAUCGUUUAGAAAAUGUAAUUUUGGAUGUAUUAUCACAUAGAAUUUGGGAUUUCAAAAUUCCUAAUUUUAGCUCCCUUGGUCGUCGUAAUAGAAGGGAAUGGCCCGCCAGAUUUGGUAAACAAAAUUUUAACAUGAAUAACUUUUUAAUUAAAGAUAUUUCUUCAGGUAGACUACUUUGUGAUAUUGCUAAUGAAAUGGGACAAUCUUUAACACCGAAGUGUCAAAAUUGGGAUCUUUCGGAGAUGUAUACGGUAACAACGGGUAUUGAGCAUAAAUCCAUCGAUAUCAACUAUCAAAAUACUCAAUAUCAUGAAGAUGUGAACUCAAUGAUAAUGGCACUUCAAGAAAAUGUAAAUAAUGUCAAACUUACCGCCGAAGUAUCUUUCAGAAUUCAACUAUUGUCAUUAACAAAACAAUUGACCAAUUUGGCUGGUAAUGCUUGGUCACAAACUUUAGGUGGUACGAGAGCAGGUAGAAAUGAAUAUAUUCUGCUGCAUGAAUUUGUAAGGAAUGGUUAUAUCGUUCCAGAUAAGGAGUCAAAUAAGUCAAGAGCUAGGAAAAAUGUCGAACAUCAGGAAACUGAAGGUAAUAAUUCAUCCAUGGCACCAGCAGUUUCGUCGAAAAAAGCUAAAUACCAAGGUGGUUUGGUUUUUGAGCCUGAGAAGGGACUUCAUAAAAAUUAUAUUCUAGUCAUGGAUUUCAAUUCUUUAUAUCCAUCUAUUAUCCAAGAAUUCAACAUCUGUUUCACAACUGUUGAUAGAAAUUUGAAUGAUAUAGAGGAAAUUCCUGAAGUUCCGAGCAGUGAGAAAGAACAAGGUGUUUUACCUCGUCUGUUACAAAAUUUAGUGCAACGUCGUCGUGAAGUUAAGAAGUUAAUGAUUAAUGAAUCCGAUCCACACAUCCGUGCCCAGUGUGAUAUCAGACAACAAGCUCUAAAAUUAACUGCCAAUUCUAUGUAUGGUUGUUUGGGUUACGUCAAUAGUAGGUUUUAUGCAAAACCUUUGGCUAUGUUAGUUACAGGAAAAGGUAGGGAAAUUUUAAUGAAUACUAGACAAUUAGCAGAAAGUAUGAACCUGAAGGUUGUCUAUGGUGAUACAGAUUCUGUUAUGAUUGACACGGGUUCUGAAUUAUAUGGUCAAGCGAUUGCUGUUGGCUUAAAUUUUAAAAAACUUGUUAAUGAACGUUACAAAUUGUUAGAGAUUGAUAUCGAUAAUGUUUUCAAAAAAUUGUUACUGCAUUCAAAGAAAAAAUAUGCAGCUUUAAAUGUGACAAUUGACAAAAAUAAACAGGAACAAACUUCUUUAGAAGUCAAAGGUCUUGAUAUGAGACGUCGUGAAUAUUGUCCAUUAUCAAAAGAAGUUUCAACAAAUAUUUUGAAUCUUAUAUUAUCAGAUAAAGACUCUGAAACAGCUCUUCAAGAAAUUUAUGACUAUCUAGAAGACAUUAAAUCUAAAGUCGAAAAUAAUGAGAUCAGAGUUGAUAAGUAUAAAAUAAACACAAAACUUUCAAAAGAUCCGUCAGCGUAUCCUGGUGGUAAAUCUAUGCCAGCUGUGCAAGUGGCCCUCCAUAUGAGGAAGGCUGGGCGUGUUGUUAAAGCAGGCUCUGUUAUAACAUUUGUUAUUACAAAAGAAAAAGAGGAUGAGAAUAAAUCAGCAUCAACUACUUCACCUGCUGAGAGAGCAUUUUCGUUGAACGAAGUAAUGGUGAAAACAAAUAAUCUUUUACCAGAUCCAAAUUAUUAUUUAGAAAAGCAAAUAUUUGCACCAGUUGAGAGAUUACUAGAAAAUAUUGAAAGUUUUGAUAUUGUGAGGUUAAGCUCUGCAUUGGGUCUUGACAGUAGAAAAUAUUUACAGAGAGUAAACGAAUAUGGCAAUGGUGCAAAUGGUAUUGACAACUUGCAACCUUUAGAAACUACUAUUUCCGAUGUUGAAAGAUUUAAGGAUACUGCAUUUGUUAUAUUAAAUUGUCCUUCAUGUGAUAAUGAAUUCCCAUUUGGUGGUAUCGUUGCAUCCAAUUACUACACGGUAUGUUUCAAUGGUAUUCAAUGUAAGAAAUGUGAACAUAUUUUUUCAACUAUUCAAUUUACAAGUCAAUUGGAAAGAUGUAUUAGAUCACACAUAUCCCUAUAUUAUGCAGGGUGGUUGCAUUGUGAUGAUAGAACAUGUGGAAAUGUAACAAGACAAAUUUCAGUAUUUGGUAAACGUUGUUUAAUGGAUGGUUGUACUGGAGUCAUGAGAUAUCGUUACACUGAUAAACAAUUAUAUAAUCAACUACUGUAUUUUGAUUCCUUAUUUGACUGUAAAAAAAUAAAAAAUAGAGAACUAAAACCUCUAUAUCAAUUUGGAGAUAUACAUGCUCCAAAAGAGCCUUUGAAUGAACUGACAGUCAAUGCACUUACAGAACAGAAUAGAGAGUUGUUCCAAAUAAAUCAUGAUGUCGUUCAGAAAUAUUUGAAUGAUUGUGGCCGUCGUUAUGUUCAUAUGGGUUCAAUUUUUGAAUUUAUGACAAUGUAA